AUGUGCUGGCAGUCACAGGUGCUGCGCGAUGUUCAGCGUGGCUGGCCUGGACAGUGCGUUGGGCUUCUUCUGGUUCAAUCAACUACUAUGGACCUUUGCCGCAACUCGUGCUUGAACGAUCCAAGGUGUUCGGUGUGGCAGUUCAAUCCUGGGCAGAUGAAUGGUGGAUGUUGGCAGGGCCAGGGCCACCACUGCGAAACGCGGAACGGCUACAGUACUGUGCAAUUUUCUGGGGGGCAGAGGAUUCAGCAUGGUAGCAUCCGAGUCAUGAAGCAGAUGAGUGGUAUUGAGGUCCACGGUCUCCGCCCCAUAGGAAAGUUGGACGCCGAUGAUCAAAGCACGAACAUCGAAAGAUGCAGGAAUGUGUGCUAUUCAGACAUCCUUUGCCAGUACUGGCAGUAUGGCCAUGAUGGGUGCCGAGUGGAAGACCCCACGUAUGGCUCCGUGCAGUAUCCGUUGACCCUUGAGGGCGGAGCCAGCAAGACAACAGACUAUGCCAGGAAGGUGUUGGCAGGUGAAUUCAUCCAGCACUUGUGUCCGCCCAGAAGCUUGCAGCAGUCUCGCGCUGCACUGCGCAAGGGCCAGUCGGAUCCUUUGGGGGAGUACGCAGCAUGGAGGAUGUGA